AUGGCAAAAAAAUAUGUUCACGAUGAAGUAAAACCAAAUCAGCGUUAUUCAGAUAUAUUGAAUGAACCACGAAAAUUGUUGUUACCAAUUGAUGGUUAUCAAAAUGUUCCCUUGAUUUCUUUAGAAGAAGCAGUUAGGAAUAUUUCACAUUUAUUAGAUAGUGAUAUAUCUACCAAAGUUUAUAUAGCAAAAGAGAACAGUCGUCAUCCUGAGGAUGGACUUACACCAGACGAAUCU